CUUCGGUCUUAUUUCGAAGUUAAGGCUUUUACAAAUAAUUCCAAAACAUGUUAAACGUUACAAAUAUAUUUAUACGGCGUAUUGUUUUAACAUUUCUGAGUUAAAAUAGAUAUGACCGAAUAGCGUCAAAGUGCGGAAUAUAUAAAUUAAAAUAAAAUGCGCCCCAUUUCUACUUUAGCACAUUUUGUCCGUUCAACCGCUCUGACCAUGAAAUUAAGGUAUAUUUACAUAUUAUACCACAUCAAUUCGUAUCACACCAAACCAAACUUCCCUAAAUAUCACGUCCCACGCUGCAGAGAUGCAUUCGGGAUGCCAGGAAAUUGAAAUCUGUUUUAAGUAGAACUUUCUUUUCUCAGAUGAGUCGAUUCCAACAUGCGACACCAUAAUAAAUCCGGAACGCGAGCCCAGCGUUACAUACAUAUUUUAUACCUGUCAGCCUUGCUAUGAAUUUUGAGGAGAAAGGUGCAACGGGUAAAGCAAAGUUGUGUUUGCUGUCCUGGAGAAUUCUUGACAGUCUCAAUUUAGCUCUCCUCUCAACAAGAGGGUCGCCACGACACUGGCACUUUCUCCAUCUCAAAGUGCCCUUCUUGUUGGAUUUAUUAGCUCUACGAUACCUUUCUCGCCCUGAUUAUACCAUCUAAAUGAGUUUCAACGAUGGACUAUUUUAAUUCAACUGAUUUUGUGGCAUCAAUCUCCAUGGUCAACAAUGCAGAACCGUAUCCACUCACGUCCCUCUUAAACUCUACGACUUCUUCAGCCCAAUUCUCCAUAUUUCUCUCGGUCUCAUUUAUUGUCGGAAUUCACUCAUGUAUCGGUCUUGUCCCAAACUUUGCAGUCCUUUGUCUCCUCGUGCAACAGAAGCGAACCAGAUCUCUUCACUACCUCAACGCCCACCUCGCCGUGGUAUCAAUACUCAUCCUUUGCCAAGGAAUCAUGUACCUGUCGGACGAUAAGAGACAUUCCGAGAGUUCUGGGUGUUCGCUAAUUGUCUACUUACGGAAUUGUCUCAUUAAUCUACUCGCACUCACCGUCCUUUCCAUAAGUCACGAGCGAGUGAGGAGCCUUGAAGUGCAGCGACAUUUGCGAAAUGAUGUCAAUGUACUUCGUGUGACGGUGGGAAUCUGGGGAUGCUCCUUGAUUGCUGCCAUCCCUGCUUUCUUUUCGGCACACUUUGUGCAACAUGUCCAUCCCGAUGGUGUUCUUCACGCCGCGUGUGUUAAGGGACCAUUACUUGGAAAUUUUGUUCUUGGACUUGUUUACGAAUCCCUGAGAUGUUUGGUCUUUCACAUUUUGCUUUCCUGUUACCUUAUGUUUGAACUCUACAAAAUACGAUCCAAGCUGAAAUACUUUUACUUCCGUCAGCAGCCAGUUCCGAGUCGCAGAUUGAAGAAGGUUCGCCGUGUCAGAUUCAUCUUUAUCAACUCGAUUACUUUCACCUUAAUCUGGUUCCCGUUCGGUCUUUUCCACUCGAUAUACACACCUUUUCGAGAUUUGGAUAAAAUCCAACAUUUCGAGAUAGAUUAUUCCAAUCUGGACGAAGCUGGAUUGCUCUUCACGGAAAUUCAAGAAGGAAUAAAAGACCCGACAAAGAAACCCUUCAAUCGGCACCCGGUCCUAUAUUACGUGGGAAUUUGUGCCAUUUACAUGUACAUCAUCCUGCUUCCCGUCAUUAUAUAUUGCACGCACAACAAUGCUUUGAAACACUUCCGGCGUCUCGGGCGAAGGCUGACUUUCUGGAAACGAGAAGCAAAUAGCGUUGUUGACGGGAUUGAGAAAUCGAAACGGAAUACAAGUUCUAACGAGAUUAGUAAAUGCGUCGGAGGAACUACAGUUGCCCGUAGUUAUUACAGUCCUGAAGGUGAAGACGAGUGUCCGUGUGAACUAAUGAUGCAAGAAACGCAUGGCAACGUUUCCCUUAAACAAACAAUUGUAACAAUUAAUAUUGAACUGGUGGAUGAUGAGGUUAUCGAUGAGGUGUAAGUUGGUGAAAAUGAGCUUUCUUAUAUAUUUAUUGUACCUGAUUUCAAGGUAAUUG